AGUGAUGCAUAGUGGUCAUGAUGUGAUAGGUUGUUUCUUAAAUAACAUGUACUCCCCAACCCAACAUCCUCAUAUUCAUAUAAUUCAACCUCUCUUAUCCUGUUCUAGCACUGCACAAAGAUUCCUUUCUUUUUUUCUCUUCAAAUAUUUUCAUGUAACCAAAAAACAUAACACAACACAUAGUUUUCUUUCUCCUGUGUUCUGCUAUUUACACCCUCUUCACAAACUACUCCUUAAUUUGCUUCCAUGGCUUCUGAUUCCAAUUCAAACCUUAGAAUCACCAUAGAAAGCAAUCCUUCAGAGCCACGCUUAGCUGAAUUGAACAUCAAGUGCUGGCCCAAAUGGGGGUGUUCACCAGGUAAAUACCAAUUAAAGUUUGAUGCAGAGGAGACAUGCUAUUUGUUGAAAGGAAAGGUAAAAGCAUACACAAAAGGGUCAUCAGAGUUUGUAGAGUUUGGUGCUGGAGAUCUUGUGACAAUUCCAAAAGGACUAAGUUGUACUUGGGAUGUUUCUAUUGCUGUUGAUAAGUACUACAAAUUUGAAGCUUCAUCUUCUUAAUUAAUUAGUGUUGUGAUUGUGAUUAAGUUAGAUUUAGUAGCAGCUUUUUCAUUUAUGGAAUUUUUAUUCUUUCUUUCACAGUUUUGCCUAUUUUGUGAAAGAAUUGAAGGAUUGGUUUUUUUAUGUAUGUUUGGUUGUCAGGGGAAAGUGGCAGUUUUAGUCAAAGUAGGAACCAAUCAGUCAAAUGAAUUAAUGUCUUGUUCAAACAAAACCUCAUUAAAGUGUUCAAUAUAUUAAUAUUAAAAUACAGUUUUUUUU